AUGCUUAACGAUCCUAUUUCCAUAACUUCCGCCUUCCGAAAAUCAGUCGCUACAGCACGGAACUGCAGCGCUUCAUUGUGAUUAUUCAGUCGUGAUACUUACUCGAUUUAAGGUUCUUUUUUGUGCAUUGACUUUGAUGUAAAUACUCAGUCUUAAAUAUCAGUGAACAGUUUAUUCAAAACACUACUUCACCUAAAAUAAAAAUAAAAAUUUAUGAAAAGUGAGAGCCUAUUUACAUAGCAAAUACUGGAUCACUCUCCACAAUACUUUUAUCUAACAAAAAUGAGGAAUCUACACUUUUAAUGGCUUGGAACCUUUUUUUAAGUGAUAACGUAUUUGUUUUAGUUUAUAUCCAUGCCUCAUUAAGUAUAUAAUUGAUAAUGUAAUCAAAUCGGACCAAGCGCCUUUUUCAGCAGACUUUUUACUGCAGCAUGACUGCUCACAAUCAGUCCGGGAGUCGAAAUUUAACGCGUUUCGACGUGCCGACUAUUUAAUAUCCGUGAUGUGUCAAUGAUCUUCGUUUUGUAUUCGACAAAAAAAGUGAAUCAAGUGCCGAUUUGUGCGAUUACAAAAUGCAUUACUAUUAAAUCUAUUGCUAAAUAAUUCAAUUAUCCGAAGUAUGAUAAGAUGCUUCUCUAGUUUUACGUUUCAAGAAAAAAAAAAUCAGUAAUCGAACAGAGACAAACGUAGAAAUUCUGCAGGAGAGUUAAAAAUAACCGGCGUAUGUCCCUGACGGGUUGUCUCCUCCGGUUCUUUUUCAUAUCAAGAUAAUUGCAAAUUGUGCUACGAUGAUUUCGAACCUAACUUUGGUCCUCAUUUUCAUUUUAUUGACUCUGAUUUUUUACCUGAUCGUUCACUUUAAAAAGAGGUACGAAUACUGGCAGAAACUGGCCGUCCCGUAUGUAGGGAUAUCCGGGGACAUAAUUUUUGAGACAAGAAAGACCAAAGCUGAAGCCCUCCAGGAUCGGUACAAUGAGCUUGCCCCUGAGCCCUUCGGUGGUUUUUUCCAGGCUGCCGUUCCGUUCCUGAUCGUCCGCGACCCUGAACUCAUACGCACGGUACUAAUCAAGGAUUUCUCGCACUUCACCGACCGUGCAACUGUUGUCUACGAGGAAAUUGAUCCUCUCAACUCUCACAUAUUCCUCCUGAAGGGCCAGCGCUGGAAGAACAUCCGAACUAAAUUGGCCCCAACUUUUACUUCCGGCAAACUCAGAGCCAUGUUUCCGCUCAUGGAGCAGUGCACCAAUGUCCUGAACGGGUACCUGGAGGACCAACUGGACUCUUCCGCCGAGAUCGAGGUGCAGCAAUUGAUGAUGCAAUUCGCGAUCGACGUGAUCGGGACUUGCGCCUUCGGGUUCAACUGCAACGCCAUCUCGGGCUCCGAGUCCGAGUUUCGGGCGGUGGCGCGCAAGAUGAGCCCCGGCUUCCUGAAAUUCCGUCUUCGACACGUCUUGAAUUCCAUCAGCCCCAAAAUCGUCCCUUGGCUCGGAUGGAAAGGCAUGAACCAGGAGGUUGAGGACUUCUUUAUGGAGGUCACGCGAGAGGCCAUCAGACAUAGAGAAGAGAACGAGAACAAGCGGACCGACUUUAUGCAGCUUCUCAUAAACCUGCAGCACGAAGAACGGAAAGCCCUUCGAGAGGAUACCGAACUGGUUUUCUCUGACUACAUCAUCGCAGCGCAAGUUUUUGUCUUUUUCGUGGCGGGCUUUGAAACGAUAUCCACGACGCUUGCUACUUGCUUGUAUGAGUUGGCGCUGAACCCGGAGGUGGCGAAGAAAAUUCACGAUGAAAUCGAACGGGUCUUGGAAGCGCGAGGUGGAAAAUUGGACUACGACGCUCUGAAGCAGAUGCGUUACAUGGAGUGCGUCAUCGAAGAAACUUUGAGAAAAUACCCACCUCUUGGUUUUCUAGAGAGAACAUGCACAAAAGCUUACGAAUUACCCAACUCACAUGUGCUAAUCAAAGAAGGCACGAGAGUGGCGAUUCCGGUGUACGCAUUGCACCACGAUCCUCAGUAUUUUCCAGAGCCUGAGAAGUUCGACCCCGAUCGAUUCAAUGAUGAAAAUAGGUCGAGAAUUGUCCCUGGAACGUAUCUACCGUUUGGUGAUGGUCCAAGGAUUUGUAUUGGAAUGAGAUUUGCACUAAUGGAGGCGAGAGCUGCUUUGACUUUGAUCAUGAGGAACUACACAGUACAUGCAACUCCAAGAACACAGAUCCCUUUAACUUUUGAUAAGAAGCCAUUGUUACUUGCACAUCCAGAAGGCGGCGUCUUCCUAAGAUUUCAAAAGCGAGAGAAUUAAAUAGUUUCACGAUCAUUCAAUGACUUAUGUUUACUCCCUUGCCAUAACCUAGAGAUACCAGUUAUAUUUGUUACGCCUUUUGGUGUAUAAAAUAUUUGCUGAGAUUUUACAAGGGUGAUUUAGUAAUGACAGGAAAAAUUGAUAGAUAUGUAUGACACUUUGAAAAAAAAGGGUGCACGAAUUUUAACCAAUUAAGUACCAUCCCUUGAAGCAUGGGAAAUUAAUUGUGCUUUACCAGUAAAAGUAAUGUAGCCUUUAACAUAUGGGUAUAUGCAGUCUCAACUAGGGGUGUAAUAAUAAAAAAUGGUUAUUUUAUAUUGUUGUAAUAGUCACAUGAAGUCAACUUUAAAGCAUUCAACUUCAAGGAAACAUACGGUUUCUCUUAGUUUCAGACUCUAUGAGACUGUGACGCCAUUACAACUGCAGACCUCCCUUCUUUACUUGAUGUAAAUAAAUUUUUUUACAGA